GCGAAUCAGCUGCUCCAUCAAAACAACACGAUCGCGUGCGACCGAUUACAGAAGAUAAUUCACUCGAUUAGAUCAACGCUACUGACUAAUUAUCAGUUAAAAGAGUCAUUUAAUCUGUGCUGAAGAUGACACGUGCAGUGGUAUAACAUACUGGCCGCCGUGUGAAGCUCUGUGGAGGAGUUAUAUUGAGUGUCAGACAUGGAGGAAGAUCCUGUCCCAAACAUGGAAGAUGAGGAUGAUGAAGAUGAGUUGGAGGAGGAAGGAGUGUUUGACUGGCUUCAGGAGGAGCAGGAGGUGCUGGUGUCCAGAGAGCGUCCGGCGGAGCGCAGCGGCCACAUCGCAGUCACUGACAGCGGCUGCAUCUUUGUUUGGGGAGGAUAUAAGAAUGCAGACGCCGAAGCAGCUGUAUUCACGGACUUGUAUUUGCCGAAGAACGAAGUCUGGAUUUACAACAUGGAGACGGGAGGAUGGAGGAUGCAGCGCUCGGAGGGCGAGGUGCCGAGCUCCAUGUCCGGCAGCUGCGGCUCGUGUGUGGACGGCGUUCUCUAUCUGUUCGGCGGACAUCAGGCCCGAGGAAACUCUAACCUGGUGUACCGUCUGCCGCUGAGAGCGUCUGCGCUGCGCUGGGAGAAGAUGAGCGAGCUGAAGGGCCUGGCGCCGACCUGCAAAGACAAGCUGGGCUGCUGGGUUUACAGAAACCAGCUGGCGUAUUUCGGGGGCUACGGCUAUAUAGCGCAGCCCGGGCACAGAGGAACAUUUGCACUAGACGAGAACUCCUUCAUGGGCAACCACGCAGGACGAGGCUGGAACAAUCACAUCCACGUUCUGGAUCUGGAGACGUCAGCGUGGAGCCAACCCAUCACAAAGGGAGACGCUCCGUCGCCUCGGGCCGCUCACGCCUGCGCCACCGUCGCAAACAGAGGCUACGUGUUCGGAGGACGGUACAUGGAUCAGCGGCUGAACGAUCUGUACUGCAUCGACCUGGACACGUGGGAGUGGAGUGAGAUGAGCGUUCCUCAGCACGGGCCGCUCGGCCGCUCGUGGCACUCCUUCACUCCGGUGUCGGCGGAUCACAUCUUCCUGUUCGGCGGCUUCACGACCGACAGAGACACGCUGAGCGACGCCUGGCUGUACUGCGUCAGGAAGAACGAGUGGAAACCGCUCAAACACGAGCACACGGAGCGGCCCAGGCUGUGGCACACGGCGUGUCUGGGUCCUGAUGGAGAAGUGUUUGUGUUCGGAGGAUGCGCCAACAAUCUUCUCUCUCAUCAACAGGCUGCUCACAGCAACGAACUACUGGUUUUCACAGUUCAGCCCAAAUCGCUGGUCAGGUUGUGCUUCGACGCGGCCGUCCUGCACCGGAAGCGCCUGGAGCUCGUGUGGGACGUUCUGCCCAAAGCCCUGCUCCUUCGGCUCAGACAGAGAACCGCCGGAGACUCCUAGAAGACACUCACACUCGCGUUCAGACGAGAGCCAGACCACCUGUGCGGAGAAACCAGAGACUUUUCUGACGAGUUAGCGUCCCGUCUCGUGCGGAUCGAGGAGUCGGUGUCGUGUGAGAGUGUAGCAGAAACACGAUUUAUUCCACUGGACAAACAAAAACAAUGCCUGAUUUUAUUUCAGCAUUUUCAACUACAUUAAUAACACAUCUGCAUUAAAAACGUCAAACACUGGUCAAUGCUCUUUUUUUUGUUGCCACAGUGUUACAGUUUCCUAAUUGUGUACAAACACAGCAGCAGGGAGUGAAGGGAAGAGACCUUCAUCUAACAAACUAACUCAUGAUCCGUCACAGCUCUAAUCCUGAUCUUCUGAUGCAGAUUUGUACAAAAAGCCAAAAUUUUGUAUUGUUUCAUAUCACUUUUUUUUUUCCAACAUGGAAAAUAAAUGGUAGAAAAUUUA